AUGGGAGGCAGCCAGCUCUCGCAGCUGCGUGCAAAGCUCAAGGACAGCGGCCUCAACCGCCAGUCAAACCCGCGCGACCAGCGCAAGCGCUCAAAGCAGCGCAACGACCACUCGGCCACCUCGCUCGUCCACCGCACCUCCAAGCUCCAGCAGAUCCACGACCAGUUCAACCUCUUUGACGUCCGCGACGAGAAGACCAAGUUCGCCGUCGUCACCCGCUCGGGCAAGGAGGAGGGCGGCGUAAAGGGCAUGCCCGGCCGCGCUCGUGCGGCCGGCAUCGAGUCGCGCAAGAAGUCGCUACUCCCCAUGCUCGACGCCCGCACCCACGCCUCGACUUUCGUCGACCACCGCUUCGGCGAGGCCUCGUCGACCCUCACGCCCGAGGAAAAGGCCCUCGAGCGCUUCACGGCCGAGCGCCAGUCGCGCCUGAGCGGCAACAAGAAGGCGCGCUUCAACCUCGAGGACGGCGACGACGAGGGCGGCGAGAUCUCGCUCACGCACGGCGGCCGCAAGCUCGGCUUCGGCGACGAGGACCAGCUCGAGGACGCGGGCGGGUGGGGCGGGCUCGGGCCGGGCGAGGGCGCCAACCGCGAGCCGUUGAUGAACCGGAGGAAGAUGGGCGCAGAGCCAGAGCCGGAGGAGGAUCCCGACCGCAAGAAGACGCACGCCGAGAUCAUGAACGAGGUCGUCGCCAAGGCCAAGUUCCACAAGGCCGAGCGCCAGAAGAUGAAGUCGGCCGACGACGAGACGCGCCUCGAGCUCGACCAGGGCCUCAAGGACCUGCGCGGCAUCCUCGCCGGCGGCGGCAAGGGCUCGGCGGCGAGGCCAGCGGCGGCCCCUGCAGCCGGCGCAGCCGGCGCAGCAGCAGCAGCCUUCGUCGACGAGAUGGACGACGAGGACGACGAGGACGACGACGAGGAGGAGGAAGAAGGCGACUCGGACUCGGACGAGGAGAGCGACGCCGGCUCGACCUACGAGCUCAACGACGACGAGCUCGAGGCCGCCCUCGCCGCCGCGUCGUCCAAGUCGGGCGUCGACCGCGACCUCCUGCGCAAGCUCAUCGGCUCGGCCGCCGACCGCUCCGAGUCGCCCGAGCCCGCACCGGCCGCCUCGUCGUCCUCCCGCGACGUCGCCGACGCGCCCGCCGCCGACCGUCCCCCUCCUGCCGUCGCACCAGCCGUCGACGACGACGACUCGCGCGACCCGUACGACCUGUACGUGCGGCAGCUCGCGCUCGAGCCGCGCGCGCAGGCGACCAACCGGCUCAAGACGCCGCUCGAGCUCGCGCAAGAGGCGGCCGAGACGCUCCGGGCGCAGGAGCAGCGCCGGCUCAAGCGCCAGAGGGGCGAGGCCGACCUGAGCAGCGGGAGCGAGGACGAGGGCGGCGAGGGCGCGGCCAAGAAGCGCAAGGAGAAGCAGCGCGCGCCGCAGGGCGACGACCUUGAGGACGACUACCUCGAGGAGAACUAUGGCAGCGGCGCAGAGGGCGAGGAGCAGGUCGACCAGGAGGAGGGCGCGUUCGGCAUGGGGCUCGAGGGCGAGGGCACCCGGCUCGGCGAGGACGAUGAGGAGGCUAGCGAGGAGGGCAGUGAGGAGGACGAGGGCAGCGACGAGGAGGAGGACGAGGGCAGCGACGACGAGAUGGACGUCGGCGACCUCGACGAGCCCGACUCGGACGACGAGGCGGCAGGAGUGGGCGAGACCGAGGCGCUCGUCGCGUCGACCAGCGCCAAGUUCGACCAGGCCGGCGAGCUGCCGUACACGUUCCCGUGCCCGUCGUCGCACGCCGAGUUUGCGCGCCUGUUGCGCUCGUCGGGCAUCCGCGACAAGGAUACGGUCGUCGUCGUCAAGCGCAUCCGCACCCUGUACCAUCCCGGGCUCGCCGAGGGCAACAAGGACAAGCUCCAGGUGUUCGCCAACGUCCUCCUCGACCACGUCAUCUUCCUGUGCGCCUCGUCGCCGUCGACGCCGUCGACGUACCGCACCGUCAAUUCGCUCCUCCCGCCCCUCCUCACCCUCACGCACGCCUACCCGCUCACGUCGGCGCCGCACUACAUCAAGAAGUUGUCGCUCAUGCACAAGAACCUCCUGCGCGGCCUCGUCCGCGGCCCGCUCGACCCGGCCGCCAAGACGUGGCCCGGCCUCGCCGAGUUGACCCUCCUGCGCCUCGUCGGCAUGGUGUGGUCGACCUCGGACCUGUCGCACCCGGUCGCGGCCCCGGCGCUCCUCCUCAUCGGCGAGUACCUGUCGCAGGCGCGUGUCCGCUCGCUGAGCGACCUCGCGAGCGGCCUGUUCCUGUGCACGCUCGCGGCGCAGUACGAGUCGCUCGCGCACCGCGUCGUCCCCGAGGCGGUCAACUUCCUCGGCAACGCCCUCGCGCUCCUCCUUCCUGUCUCGUCGUCGGUCGUCUCGGCAACGGCGUUCCCUGGGUCGUUCCCGACGCCCGACGUCAGCCAGGAGCACACCAAGGCGCUCAAGAUCCGGUCGUCGGCGGCGACCAAGGACCUCUCGCCGAGCGCGAGCGUCAACCUCGUCGAGGCCCUCGGCGCGUCCAAGGGCAAGCUCGCGGCCGACAAGGCCGAGCAGCUCAAGGUCGACCUCGUCGCGAGCGCGCUCGCGCUCGUCGAGACGUACCGGGCCAUGUACGCCGACAGCGAGGCGUUCCCCGAGCUCUUCUCGCCGCUCGACAGCGUCCUCAAGGCGGUCAAGGCCACCAAGGUGCCCGAGGCGAUGCGACCCGCGCUCUCGUCGACCCAGUCGGCCCUCGGCAAGGCGCUCCGGUUCGCGCUCCAGUCGCGCAAGCCCCUCUUCAUGCAGCACCACAAGCCGAUCCCGCUCGCGACGUUCCUGCCCAAGUUCGACGAGGGCUUCAACCCGAACCGGCGGUUCGACCCGGACUCGGAGCGCGCAGAGGCGAGCAAGCUGCGCGCGCUCUACAAGAAGGAGAAGAAGGGCGCCGUGCGCGAGCUGCGCAACGACAACCGGUUCCUCGCCGUCGAGGAGGCCAAGCGCAAGAAGGCCGACGACGUCCAGUACGAGAAGAAGAUCUCGAAGAUUGUGUCGAGCCUGCAGGACGAGCGCGCCGAGGAAAAGGCGCUCGAGCGGACCAAGGCGAGAGGCCAGCGGCGGGACAAGGCUCGUGCGGGCAAGCGGUAGCGUGGCCGUCGUCGGUGCUGCCGGACUCGGGCGCAGCUGUUUCUUGCGAUGCAUACGUUCCUCGCGUC